CGGGCAGCUUCGUUCGGCGCACGAUCGGUGCAGUUGAUAAAUGGAGGAUCCGUGUUUGUCAAGGUAGUUUUGUUUACGCGGAAAUUUUCACUCGGUAACAACUCCCCGUGCGUCUCGUUUGUGCGGAAGGGGUAGAUGAAGAAUUUAAGAUGUCCCGCAAUCACAAGGAAAAGUAUGAGAACUCCAACCCGCGUCGUAUGUAUACACUCAUGUGCCCUGAGGACUAUCAAUCGGGGAAGAAAUCUCAUUGGUCGGAGUUGGAGAUAACAGGCAGUAUACGAAAUUUGAGCCCCAAUUUGUGGCAAAUGACUCAUCUAACAGCUCUGUAUCUGAACGAUAAUAGUCUGCAGAGGUUGCCAUCUGAGAUCGGUCGUCUUGUUAACUUGCGUAUUCUAGAUCUGAGUAGCAACAAGCUGCGCAGUCUGCCUGCUGAACUAGGGGAGCUCAUCUAUCUCAGGGAGUUGUUAUUGAACCAAAACUUCCUUCGCGUGUUACCGUACGAACUAGGGAAGUUGUUCCAGUUACAAGUGCUAGGACUUCAAGGAAAUCCACUCAGCAAGGAUGUGAUGGCGUUAUAUGGAAACGGAGAACCUGCGGGGACGAACAAGCUGCUGACAUACAUGUUGGACAACUUACAAGUUACGGCCAAUCAUCCGCCCCAAAGACCAUGGAUUCCAUUGACGAGGCCCAAUAGGACAAGACCAACAUGUAUAUUCACGGUGAUGUGCUACAACGUGCUGUGCGACAAGUAUGCGACGCGGCAGAUGUACGGCUAUUGCCCGAGCUGGGCGCUGGAUUGGGAAUAUCGAAAAAAGGGUAUCCUCGACGAGAUACGGCACUACGCUGCGGACAUCAUCAGCCUGCAGGAGGUCGAGACGGACCAAUUCUACAACUUCUUCCUGCCGGAGCUCAAGCACGACGGUUACGACGGCAUAUUCUCACCCAAGUCCCGCGCGAAGACGAUGGCGGAGAACGAUCGCAAGUACGUCGACGGCUGCGCCAUUUUUUACAGGACCGCCAAAUUUUCUUUAAUAAAGGAGCAUUUAGUUGAAUUCAAUCAAUUGGCAAUGGCAAACGCGGAGGGUUCAGACAACAUGUUAAAUCGUGUUAUGCCAAAAGACAACAUUGGAUUGGCUGCAUUACUUAGGACUAAGGAAGCCGCUUGGGAUAACGGUGUUCCAUCUGACCCAGCACAAGUGCAACAACCAAUUUUAGUUUGUACGGCGCACAUUCAUUGGGAUCCCGAGUUCUGCGAUGUAAAACUAAUACAGACGAUGAUGCUGAGCAAUGAAUUACGUUCCAUUUUGGACCAAGCUGGCCAGUCUUUCAGACCCGGCCACAAGCCUGACUCUUCCAACGUUCAACUGUUGCUUUGUGGCGACUUCAAUUCUUUACCUGAUUCUGGUGUGAUCGAGUUUCUUACAUCCGGACGCGUGGCGGCCGAUCAUCGUGAUUUUAAGGAUUUAGCAUAUAAAUCGUGUUUACAAAAGAUCUCUGGCUGCGAUAAACCCAACGAAUUCACGCAUUCUUUCAAGCUUGCAUCCGCCUACAGUGAGGACAUUAUGCCCUACACCAACUACACAUUCGAAUUUAAAGGCAUAAUAGAUUACAUUUUCUAUUCGAAACAAAGUAUGGUGCCACUGGGCCUCUUGGGUCCGUUGAGCCCAGAAUGGUUUAAAGAGCAUAAAGUGGUAGGAUGUCCUCAUCCUCAUGUUCCAUCGGAUCACUUUCCUCUGUUAGUGGAGUUAGAGAUGACACCGACAGUAGGAACAAGCAACGGUUUGAUCUCACGCAGGUAGCAGCCGCUGCGAUCUAGGCCCAAGUAACCGUAAGAAGACGAAGAAUUAAUAACGAAAAUAAAAAGGGGGGAAAAAAGGAUUUGCAUCACUUCUUCUCUACUUCUGGCUCUAGCAAUAUCACUCGCAUUACUCUUACUAUAAUAGCGAAUGUUACACACAAAUACUCCAUACAUUGCCGCACAUUCAAUCAACAGCGAUCGCUGUCGACGGGAUACCGACGGGAUACCGACGAACACAAUUCUAACGACCAGGUGAAGGGAGCCGUGUUGUAAUGCGUUUAGCUAGCCCAUGUAUAGUGUAUUGCAUUUUUAAGAACUAUCUUACUCCCAUGCCUAAAGAUUAUUGUAAUCUCUCUAUUUACCAUCGUAAUAUGUGUAGAUACCUAUUUUCCUACAAAAAAGUAAUGAAAAUGAAAACGACGAUAUUCCGAUCAAGAAGCCUCUGUGAUAUCGACAUUUAACACAAUUGGAACACAUUUACACAUUUAUUAGUAAACUAGUAGUGGUGUACUAGAGAGAGAGAGAGAGAGAGAGAGAGAGAGAGAGAGAGAGAGAGAGAGAGAGAGAGACAUACCUUAAAGGGAAUCUCCCUUCGCCCCUUCCUAAAUGUCAUUACAACAUUCUCCAAGCCAACCUUUUGAUAAGAAUGCUGCCAUCCACACAAUGAGAAAAAAGAAAAAAAUUGUAUUUUUAAAUGAAACGAAAACAAAAAAAGAUAUGAAAUACAUGCUAUACUGGGCUGUGCGAAGUGAUUGAAGUGAUCGACUUAAAACAAUUUCAAUGCAAGUACAAAUCUGUUCUUAUUGGCCACGUAUAUAUUGAUAUAAUAUGGUAAUGUUAUAUAAGGAGAACAAGAAAACAUAUAUAGAUAAUAAUGUAGCGGGUGUAUUUGUAAGUAUGAUAUAAUGUAAUGAUGUUCAUCACACACGUCUGUCAUAACAUCAAGUGAGAUCAGUUCAACAUUCGCCCCGCACUUUAGGUAUCCAUUUGGGUCCGAUUAAUGUAUAUGUGCUCUGUAUCACAAUCUACUACUUGUUAAUUCAGUUGCCACCGAGGAACACAAGAGAAUUUUUUUUUUUUAUAUACAAUCACGCGCGAACGUCUUCGCGUUCUUUCCACCACUGCAUUUCUAUUUGCAUGAUAUCUUGCUUAUCUUUAGU